AUGAUUAAUAAUAGAGGAAACACUACUACUACGACUACGACUAGUACGGGAAUUGCUACUGCUAAACCAACAACAACUGCUGCAUCAAAUAAUAUUCCUGGUAUUAUACCUAAUAUGCAUUUAGCACCACCACCAGGAGUAACAGCUCCCCUUCCAUCAACAACAACUGGUGCACAAUCUACCCAUGCUUUAGAAGAUCCAAAUGUUUAUCACUGGAUUUGUCAACUAACUUAUGGACCUCAAAAAGAACAAGCAUUAUUAGAACUGGGACGUAAACGUGAACAAUUUGAUGAUUUAGCUAUCGUUUUAUGGUCUUCCUUUGGUGUAAUGACAUCUUUAUUAAAUGAAAUUGUAUCAGUAUAUCCAAUGUUAGAACCAACUAAAUUGUCAAAUCAAUUAUCAAAUCGUGUUUGUAACGCAUUGGUAUUAUUACAAUGUGUUGCAUCACAUCCAGAAACAAAACAUCUUUUCUUACAGGCUCAUAUUCCAUUGUUUUUAUUCCCAUUUUUAAAUACUACUUCAAGACAAAGAACUUUUGAAUAUUUAAGAUUAACUUCUCUUGGUGUAGUUGGUGCAUUGGUUAAAAAUGAUUCUCAAGAUGUUAUUAGUUUCUUAUUAAGAACCGAUAUUGUUCCAUUAUGCUUAAGAAUUAUGGAAUCUUCUUCUGAAUUAUCAAAGACGGUAGCUAUUUUUAUCCUUCAAAAAAUUUUAUUAGAUGAUAUUGGUUUACAAUAUAUUUGUGCCACUGUAGAAAGAUUUUAUGCUGUAACAAAUGUUUUAAAAGAAAUGGUAGAACAUUUAGUGGUGUCAACUCCACCUGGAAGACUAUUAAAACAUAUUAUUAGAUGUUAUUUAAGACUAAGUGAUGAUUUGGAAGCACGUAGAUUAUUAAAAAUGGUUUUACCUGCUAAAUUAAGAGAUAAUACAUUUACUGAAGUCCUUAGAGAUGAUUUAGGUUCAAAGAGAUGUUUAGCUCAAUUAUUACUUACAUUAAAUGAAGAUACUCAACAACCACCUCAACAACAACAACCUGUUCUACAACAACUACAACAAUAA